AUGCCUGUGAAACCAGUUACCACACCAUCUUCCACCAGUAGUCUUGGACCAUCAACUCCCCCUAAAGUUCCUCAAUACAGGAGAUCACCUUCGGUCACAGAAGCUAUACAACAAUUCGAAAGCAAAGCAAACCCACCCGCAGGGUCAUCAUCACCAUCCAACAGCGCCAGAAGACCUUCUGUACCGACUCCCACACGGUCUGGUAUACCGUCACGUAUAGGCUCAACAACGGUAAAAUCACCACCUGGUUCACCUCGGAGAGAUAGCAGGACCACCCCAACCGCUGCAACAUCUGGUGCAGGGUCAUCUAGGAUGACGGGGGUGAGAUCUCCUGAUCUGGGUAAAAGUGGUGGGAUAGGGUUAGGUGUAGCAGGUGGUAGCAAAGCGGCACAGAAUAGAAGAGCGACGGAUUCCAGGAUAAAGCCCACUUCUUCCUCGAUACCUAGAUCCUCAGUAGCAACCACCAAUCCAAAGUCUGAAACACCCUCAUCGCCUCGUAUACCGACUACCAAGCCGUUCCCCUCAUCUUCACCUUCCUUACCACGUUCAACAUCCGAUACUUUUUAUACAUCCACGUCGUCCCGGGCUUCCCUCGCUUCAAGAGCUUCCACUCCAUCUUCAGUCGCUGGCCCAUCUCGUCUGACAACACCUAAGAAAACUGCAGUAGCUAUAUCAGUAUCUCGAUCUAGUCCUACACCAUCACCCUCUCCUGACAAACGUCCACCACCCCUACGACGUAAAUCAUCUAAACCUGAUCUGGCCAACCCCAGAUCUAGAUCUUCCACUGGUGUCCGCAGACCUUCACACCGAGUACCCGAUCCAGCCUCUUCAGCACAAUCGUCCGCUACCAUCUCUUCCAAAGAUGAUCGUCCUGCGGAGACGACAGUCUACUUCGGCGAAUUUGGAGAAAGGGAACAACAGCCUACUGCUAUAUCGCUAGAGUCAGGAGCAUCGCCAAUGGUUAGGAAAGGUUCGAAAUCUAGUCAGGGGACAUCAAAUGUCACCGUGUCCAGUCAUGUAUCACCACCUAAAGAAGAACGUAUCAGUAUCAGUAUACCAAAAAGAACCUCAUCUAACCCUUCAUCACCCAAGACUCCUCGUUCAGCAGGUCCUCACCCUAUCUCACCUCGGACUACAUCUCGAAGACUAUCUAGCCCUACCAAGGACUUUCCCAAUCCAAACAACAACCGUCGCGCAUCGAAGAACCUGGGACCUUUGGGUCCGGCUCUCGAAAUGGAUGUCGCCCCGUUAGAAAGACCACCACAUCGACGAGGUAGUUCACAAUCAUCGGUCAGCAGAUUGAGUGAAGCUGCUUCUACGAUCAGAGAACCGAUCAAAAGACCUACUUCUGCUGCUACUGGCAAAUCCAAAGGAUUUACCUCUACUCACUCUUCGCCCCUUUUGUCCUCUCCUGCGUCCCCCCGAGGAUCAGUCUCUCCUUCGAAACUGGCAGCUAGAAGACUGUCUAAUUCACCUCGAAAGUCACCAAACCUUACUAUACAGACCCCUCCGCCACCGCCUUCGCUCAACUCUCGUCUCUCGUCCAUUUCUUCGUCCGCUCAACCUUGUCCACCUGUACCUGCCAAGUCGCCAUUGAGAGGCUUAAGUAGGGAAAGUUCAGAUCAGAACUUUGCUGGACGUAAACAGACUUCUCGUUCAGGUUCAGGUGAAAGCAAUAUGGCUCAAGCAGGUACACCGACAUCACUGCAUACGAGACUGGAGAGGAUGGCUGAGAUGGAAGAGGACGUCUCCAAAAGGUCGACGAUGGUGGCGGAGUCGAGGAGCUAUCCUCAAGCUCAGAUAGCUAGCUCAUCGUCCCAGAUCAUAGCCACACCUAAUGAAAUUCGAUUCACCAAUUAUACGGUCCCUUCAGUCUAUUCCCAAGAUUCUGCCCCUCCCACUGCUCAUAGAGGGGCAUGGAGUGAAGCAACUGCUAGGUCUAGUUUCGAUGGGGUCGCAAGAAGAAGACCGAGUAGAUUGGAUUCGGUUGAAUGGGGAAAACAGAAGGAUUUACCGCCGUCGAGCCAAAGAUCUAGCUUUGAUGCCGGUCGUGAAGGUGGUCACAGGAGGUCGUCGUCACUACCUCGUUUGAAUAUGGUCAGCGACAAGGCUCUACCUCACACCCCCGACGAAAUACCAUCUACAGCCACUACGUUCGGCUCGCACGAGGGUUCCAUGCCUUCUUCACCUUUAAGCAAUGAUCAUAGAGAACCUGUCAAAUCGCCUUCAAUGCCAAUCCUGCGAGAAGGCAAAAUUGCUCACCACAUCCAUGCUCCUGAAAUACCAUCGUCACCGGCUUUACUGUCUUCUCCCAACGUGCGUCAUUCCGGCACGAUCGAAACGACACUUCGACCCUUACUGCCCACCUCACCUUCGAUCGUCAUGUCGAAACGGUCUCACUUGAUCAGAGAGAUAGCAUCGAGCGAAAGGGCUUAUGCGAAAGAUCUCGCUUUAGUAAGAGACGCAUACAUGUACAGGUUUCUUCGACCUGCUUCUCAAUACUCUACCAACGGUGAUUCAUCCAUCAGUCCAAGUGAUGUAUCUCGAAGAAGCUCGGUGUACACUUACCAAACAGCCGAAACGAAGCGGUCCAGUGGUCAUGAUUCUCCGAAUUGGAUUUUUCCUGCCAAUGGAUCCUCCACACCUCUCCCUAAGAGUCCCUCUGAUGGAUACAACCUUGGUUACUUCCCCAAUUCAGCGGCUGGAAGUUCCAACUCUUCGUUCUCGAUGACACCUCAACCUUCCCUCAAGAAUCACAAGAGAUCUUCCAGUAAUAUGCCUUCGAUGGCGCCUCCCGUUGGCAAGCCUCUGUCUCCAGCUGACUUGAAGACAGUGUUUCUGAAUCUGGACCAACUGGCCAGUGCGGCCGACGAAUUGGCUACUGUUUUUGAACAAGCGAUGGGAGAGGACGACACUGGACUGGCGGCAAUGAUGAGGGAUGAUGAAGCGGGCAACGACAGACUGGGACAAGCGUUCGUUUCGAUGAUUCCGCGUAUACGGCCUUUGUACAACUUCUACUGUGCAAGGCAAUCACAAGCAUCACUUCGCCUAAUGGAACUCCAAUCUGAUCUUGCCCAUAAUGCUCAUCUCAAAGAGUGUUGGUCAUCGAUCAAAGAUCACACGCAUGCUUGGAACCUCGACUCGAUGCUCAUCAAACCUGUUCAGCGGAUCACAAAGUAUCCUUUACUUUUCGAUGAUCUUCUUACUUCGACCACACCCGUCCAUCCUGAUUAUUUCGCUAUAAGAACCGCGGCUCAGAUGUCCAAAGCGAUAGCGACGGAGAUCGACGAGGCGAAGAGAAGGAAAGAUGUCGUUUCCAACGCUAUCAAUCCCAACCCCAAGAAGACUACAUCUACAAAUGUUUCUCCUAAGGAUAAUAGACAACCUGCAUCCAAGCUGUUAGGAUUGAAGAGAUUCAAGAAAGACAAAUCUGCACCAAACGCCUCCAAUUCUAAUGUUUCGUUACCUUCGAGCAAGAGUACGUCGAGUAACGAAUUGUCUCUACCAGCCGUCAUACCCGAGUCAUCACUCAGUGCGUUGAAAGACUUAGUUGUGAAAGUAGAAGAUCUGGACCAAUGUGUCAGGAGAGUGGGAAAAGAAGUUAUACUUUGGACUGCGGCUGCUAAAGAGGUAUUAGUAGCUGAAGACGGAGUGAUGAAGACUUGGUUGAGAGUCGUGCAGCUCGAACCUUCCGAUCCCACCGAUAGAAGGAUGUUGGAAUUUAGGAAGGUCAUCGAUACGAUUAUUUCAGAGGUAUGGAAGGAACUGAACGACGAAAUACGACAGCAAAUCAUGCCGAUCUUCAGCAAGUUACUCGAGUCUACCUCCAAUCCUCGCAAGGUGAUUCAUAAACGAGAUACCAAGUACCUUGACUACACCCGAUAUCAUGCUCUCAGAGCAUCCAAGAAGAUUGUCGAACGAAUUGUCAUGCAAUCUGCUGGUGAAUUUGUUGCACUACAUACUCAGCUUGUUGACGAAUUGCCUGCAUUCUUGGAAGGCUGCUUGAGAAUACUGGAUAUCGCUUUAGUUGGGUUUGCGAAGGCUCAAGCGAAAUUUUAUCAAGGUGUCAAAGACCGAUUGUCAGCUUUCGAGGAAGCUUGGGUCGUUUUACCGCUUAGUCCAAAUAUUGAGAGAUCACCUACCAAUACCAAGACUUCAAGAGGUAUCGUCAAGGCUUGGCACGAUGGAUGGGCACCAUAUGCUGAAGCGAUGGAUCAUUUCCAAUGCACCAGACCAGCUCGAACCGCAGCUACAAGGAUAGCCACGUUCAACGCCAAACCUGGUAGUCGACCUGUCUCAAGAUCGAACAGUCCAAUGCUUUCACCUGGACAGAGUCAUGCUCUUCGACACUCUGCUUUGGUCACGUCGCCAACAUCCCUUUCGGGCAGUAGUAGACCCAGUAGUCCUGCACCGAACAAAUCAGGAAGAUUUAGAUCGUCUUCGUUGCGAAGUCAGACUGGACCUCUACCACAGGUUAUCACCGUUACCUCACCCACUCAAUCAACCUCAUCCAUGUUCAGCUUGCUUCGACGAUCGAAUUCGAAGAAUAAUGUCACCAAAUUGAGAUCCAACUCGACUUCACAGAACCAAGAUGGCAGCUUUAAUCGACCGUCGAUGCAUACUCGAAACGCUUCAGGUGGAGGGUUGAAACCAUCUUCAUCAUCCAUAAUAUCGGAAGCGUCAAGUAGACUAUCAUGGGGAUUGCCUAGGAUCAACGCUGAUCCCAGUCAACCGAUAUUUGAUGGCUUGGGCUUAUCACCUACCAAACCUUCUUCUGCUACUCUGACUCGGAAUAACUCUCACAGAGCUACUUCUGACCCGAUCAGUCAGAACAACAUAUUCAGCGUGGAUUUGAAUUCUUCCCAGGUAUCUUUAUCGUCCUCCAUCACCAAUGUCAAUAAUGAUUCACCAUCGAAUACAAUAUCUUCCAGAACAGCCUCGGGUUCAGGAGUAGGACUAGGACUGGGCGAUGUGUCCACCUUAAAAGAAAAAGACAAACACCCCUUCUCGGUCAUCCCAGCUACAACACCAAGACAAAGAACGGAUGAAGUUGACGCAGCAGAAGGAUGGAGGAAUGAACAGGUCAUUUAUCAAUGUGCAUGUGUGGCUGAUUUUGAUUCUGUCGAUUUGGGUGACAGGCGAUAUAGGGGGUUGAAGUUCUUACCAAUGAUAUCGGGUGAUUUGAUAGAUGUAUUCCACGAAGUGGGCCGUAUCGACGAACUCCCCUCUUUCCCUUAUCCGGAAGUCGGAGUGGACAAUGAUGGGGUACUAGUAGCUAGAAGUGAAAAUGGGAAUAUAGGUCUGGUGAUCUGCAGUUUCUUGGAACCUUUGAGGGAUUAG